AUGGCGGACAACAAGAAAAAGGCGGCGGUGGCGGCGGACGAUGCUGCUUCGUCUUCACGGGCAUCUUCAAAGGCUUCAAAGUUCUCCGAGAAGCUUGCCAAGUUCGGCGGCCUCAUGACCGACUUGAAAAACGACACUGCCGGGGCCUUGGAAUUUGAGAAGACGGUUGAGAACCAGAAGACGCUCAGCAAGACUCUCAAGGCGCGAGACGAGGAGAUCAAGGCACUGAAAACCGAGAUCGAGAAACUCGAGCACGACAAAGACGUCCUCGCCGAGAUAUUCGGGAAGAAACAUCGGGAAUACGACGACAAGCUGAAAGAAGAUGUGGCCUUGAAGUCGGCAGUGAGCAAGUCCGAAGAUUCCCUGAAGGCAGCGAUUGAAGAGGCCAGAAGUCUCAGGUCGGAGAAUAAAGAACUCAAGGCCAAUGUCGACAAACUCGCGACCUCACUCGAGAAGUUGAAGGAGUCAAGCGAAGUAUCGCAGACCGAAUGUGACAGGCUGAAUCAUGCGCUUGGUCUGUCAGACGCAAACUUCGAGCAGCUGAGCAGGUUCGUUGGCGAAGGCCGACUGAUUGAGUUCAGCCCUGAGGAUCUUGCGAGGACCCUCGAGGAGUUCGCCUCGAAAUGCCAUGACUUGGCUGUGGCCUCUUUCGGCGAUAAUGCAGUGCUGACCCCAUCAUUCGGCUCGUUUGUCGAGCACCUUGACCGCUGCCUAGAGGCCCGCAAGGCGAAGCUACCACUGCCGAGCUCGAUGGACAAAUCCGCACGGCUGAUGAGGUGUGCUGCGGCAGAGUUUAUUAUAAGCAGCGCUUUGGUCAACUACGUCUUCACAGAUAUCUACCUUCCUGAGAUGGCCGGAGCACAAAACGCCAUAUCUACUACCCUACAGCUCAUGGCGCCGCGCCGCGAAUCGAUCGUGCGGUGCCAGCUACUGGCCGAGUUUGAGGCUACGGACGAGACAACGUCCCGCAUCGUGGAAAUUGCGACGAACGAAGUUUGCUCCACUCUCAACCAUCUCCUUCCUGCGGGGCGGGCCAGGGACGAUUUACAGCAGAUGGUCAGAGAGUUGUUCAACGGCGCCGUGGCAAUGUGGAGACCGCUGCAGAAGUCGAAAGACCGAGUCAUCGUUGAGUUCUUGGAGAGCCUCGAUGAUCUCGAACGCGGGGACAGGCAUGUCGACUACGACGAAGGAAGCCUCACUGGGAGCACAGGUCAAACCAAAAAUCAGAACGGCCAAGCUGUCCUGCCCUUGUUCCCCCAGAUCAGCGUCAAGGACAUCAUGUUGAUACCCGGAAUCGCUUUGUGGUCUGACCAGGCGGCGUUCAUCGAGGCAAGGAUGGAGAUGGAUCGCUUGAGCUUCGGUCGCUCGGCGGGACCCCAAACCUCUAGGCCACCAGUCACCCGGCGGAGGAUGAGCAGCUCCGGCACCACUGCCCGUGGGUCUCAAUCGCCUCCGACGAAGGGGUCAGCACUAUUCGCGCAGCUGGAUGGAACGAUGUCUGGGGCCAGCCCUGCAUCGAAUUCUCGCAACCAUGUUAACCCGAGCUCCCGCGUGGGGAAUGGCGUGAAGGCAGGGUGA